AUCUGUGUACGUGUGUGUGAGUGUGUUUUGAGAUAAGGUACACAUUUGAAUGAAUUUAAUCGUUCGUUCGCGUCAGUGUGUGUAUUCAUUUUUAAAUAAGAAUAUUUUGGAGUGAUCAUUUUGUUGUUGUUGUUGCACUCGUGAUCUCAAUUUAUCAGGCUCGUUGGUGGUGUGUUGUGCUGUUGCUGUUGCUGCUGCUACCGCGACACUUUCCAAACGAUGACGAGAUGAAGCAAGCAGUUGUUGUAGCUCGCGAAUUGAUGAUACCGAUGAUGAUCGUCGGAUAGGAGCUAAAACUUUCGUCCGAGAAGAAAUCUUCGAUCGAUCGACGAAAAUAUUAUUCGAAAAAGAGAAGAGAACGAAAACAACGGAAACGACGGUCCCCGUUCGAAUUUCCCGCGAAUUUGUUGUUUUAAAAAACGUUGCACAAAGUUCGCGCGGUUUAUUCGAUAAUCGAUUUAUCGAAUUUUAUACUAAACCGUAUAAAGUUCUUUAACGUUAGUCCGAUAUCGUUUAGUGUUUUUUUUUAAACGAUUGACUGUUGUUUUGCAAAUCGUGAAGUGAGAACUAUUAUUGAAUGGAAAAAAAAGAUUAAGAAAAAGUUGUUGUUGUUGUUGGUUGUUGAAGGAUUACAUCGAGUGUAUUCGCAAAACAUCGUUGACGAUAUAUCGGUGGCGUCAAGCAAGAACGAAAGCAAUUGCUGUUCAAGAAGAAGAAGAAGAAAAAGUGAAGUGAAUUAAGGAAGGAAGGAAGGAAGGAAGAAAGGAAGGAAGGAAGGAAGGAAGGAAGGUGGGGAGAGAGGAGGACGAGGACGAGGACGGACCUUUCGCGCGCGAGCAAGUGGGUCAGUGUCCUGGCCGAUCGCGAGGAAAGAAGACCAGGAGAAGAAUUAUUUUUCCUAAUUUUUCUUCCCCCCCCUUUACUCUCUCUCUCUCACUCACUAACACACUCUUAUAAAACAUGAAAUUAUUCGAUCAUUUUUUAUUAUACGUCAGAGUAACAGAGUUCCAGUGAAAAGUGAAAAGAACGAGUUAAAAUUGUAUUAUUAUUAAUAUUAUUAUUUUGUUCAAUCUAUAUAUAUAUAUAUAUAUAUUUUGUUACACUAUUCGUUUGAACAUUAUUUUGUUAUAUUACUUUUUAACGCGUAUUCGCAAGUUCAACGAAUUUUUCAUUCCCCCGUGUCGGGUUGGUUUACUUGUUUCUAGUUUUUUUUUUUUUUCUUUUUCUCUUGUUGGAUUAUCAUCUUCGUUUACGUUUAGUUUAGUUCAGUUCAGUUAAGUUGAGUGAGGAAAAGAAUUCGUGUUUAUUCCACGCUGGAUGAUGUGCCGUAAAAGAGAAUCAAGCAACGACACGUAACGACACACCAAGUUUGUCCCAUGACAAACGUCAAUAGGAUCAGGGUGGUCGUCCUCGGCGGCCCCAGAGUCGGCAAGUCCGCCGUGGUCGUCCGAUAUUUAACGAGGCGAUACAUCGGCGAGUACAGUUCGACAAGCGAUUUCCUUUACCGGCACAGUGUUACCAUCGAUAACGUUACUACCGAGGUUGAGAUAUUGGACACUUCCAGGUGCGAGGAAAAUGGGUGCCUAUAUUCGCAUAUAAGAUGGGGCGAGGCCUUCGUCGUAGUUUACAGCGUUACGUGUAAACGAAGUUUUCAAGAAGCAAGAGGACUUUUAAAACAACUCGCGGAUUUACGUUUGCCAUCCUACUUCACUGCCCUCUUGCUAGGCAAUAAGAGAGAUCUUGAUCAUGCACGAGAAGUAUGCGUGGACGAGGGACAACAAUUGUCAUUGGCACACGGAUGUCAAUUUUACGAGGUCAGUGCUGCCGAAAGUCCAGCGGGUGCUGCGUUAGCAUUUCAAGCACUUUUGAGAGAAGCAAGAUCGGUCCAAUUGUUACGUGCGUUACCGAUACGAAGAAAACUGGGUGUACACUCGGUUUCCAGGGUCCUUGGGACAAUAUUUGGGAAAAACACAACCAAGGAUCGUAAGAAGAGGCCAUCGUUGAGUAUAUGACGCCUUCUAUGCGCCCUCCUCCUCGGAGGUCGCGACGAACCCGGUAGAAGAACCGACGUCGUUGUCCUCAGUAGCAACGUUUAUGCGAAUCGUUGAUCGUUCUUCUUUCAUUUCCUAUAUAUGUAUAUAUGUUUGUAUGUGUAUUACUAUGAAGUAUUUAAAUUGGACAAUGUUAAGAUUCACAUGAUCGUUUGUUUUAACAUUUACCAAAUAUAUCUGUAAAUGAACCGAUUAUUUGGAUUUAUUCUUUACUAUACUUCAAUAUUUUCUAUAUGCACCAAUCAUGUGAAUUUUGGCAUUAUCCAAUUUCGAUUUUUUUAUGGUAACGUAUACAUAUAUGUAUAUAUAUAUAUUCUUUUUUUCUUA